AUGAGCUAUAUGGACAUCAACAAUACCACGUCACCCUCCCACCAUCAUCCGACCAUGUCAGCUUCACACUCCCACGGCGGAGGAAAUGGCAACAUGAUAAUGAUGCCUAUGACCUUCUACUUUUGCCUUAAGAAUGUGGAAGUAUUGUUUUCUGGUUUGGUGACCAAUACAGCUGGAGAAAUAACUGGAACUUUUGUGGCAGUGUUUUUACUAGCAAUGUUCUCUGGAGGACUCAGGAUAGCCCAAGAGAGCCUGUUGCACAAGUCACAAGUCAGCAUCCACUACAAAUCCAUGCCUGUCCCAGGGCCAAACGGAACCAUCCUUAUGGAGAGACACAAAACUGUUGGGCAGCAGAUGCUGAGCUUUCCUCACCUCCUGCAAACAGUGCUGCAUAUUAUCCAGGUGGUCAUCAGCUACUUCCUCACGCUCCUCUUCAUGACCUACAAUGGGUAGCUCUGCAUUGCUGUGGCAGCAGGAGCUGGCACGGGCUAGUUUCUCUUCCUCUGGAAGAAGGCAGUGGGAGUAGACAUCACUGAGCACUGCCAUUAACAUCAGACUCUACGGU